AUGAGUUUACAAAGCCAUUUAUCGUUUUUAAAUAUCUUUGAAGAAACUCAUAAAGAGUUAGUUUCUUUAAAUUCUGCUUUUAAUCAACUUUUAAUAACAUAUAAACUUCAAGAAAAUUUAAAAAUUGAUAAUGAUAAUGAAAAAAAUGAACAAUUGAAUUCUAUUGAAUCAAUUAAACAACAACUAGAUAGUCAAGAAGAAGAAGCAUACCUUCAUCGACUUUUUACAAAUAAAUACUAUACAAAUGAUUGUUUAACUAAGGUUAAUUAUGAUAAUGGAUUAAUAAAAUAUAAACAAAUUCAAAACUAUACGAAGGCUGAAUUGAAUAUAUUUUUACUUGCAAUGACUAAAGCAUUGAUAAGAGCACCAGAACAAACA